CCUGCAGCCACAGUCAUAUGCAACCAAUGGUCCAUGAACCUUAAGUGCUGUAGUAACUUCUCAGCGGUGAGCAGAUCCACACUGCGUUAACACUGGUUGUUCGUUUCUUUUUAAAGGCGUCGUAAAGCAGUGAUUAUUUACUCCCGGCGGUACUGAAGCUCCCGGCUCCGGCUGUAUGCGUUAAAUCAGCAAAGAAGGGACUCCUUUCAGGUACCAGCAAACGUGAGUGAGCUGCACAUCUGGAUAGUUCAGUGUGUGUCCCGGCUGACAAUGUUCCUUCCGCAGCGACUGUGCUUGUUCUGCCUGCCAAGCACUUUGAAAAGCGCUCCCUGUCGGGCCCAAAUGCGUCUCAGCGGCCCGCGCAGACCGGGAGAUGUUUUCAUCCCAAGGAGGUUUAUAAUUACCGCCGAUUUAAAAAAGGAAACAGGACCGAGACGCAGACUUGGGGUUAGUUGUUGUUGACGUGUGCCCCCCGAAGGACUACAAGAUAAACAGAUAUUCUAGAGGGAGAAGAAAAAAAACGCACUGGCGGCGCAGAAUGGAGCUCUACAGAUCGCACAGAGAGCAGGAGGGGUACCAGACGCCUUCAGUUUCCGAUCUCCAGCUCCUGUUGCUGGAGAACAUCAGACCAAGAGGACCAGUCAACGAAGUGUGGCCCGGCAUCUACAUAGGCAAUGCGGCCACAGCGCGUGACAAGUCGACCCUGUUUAACAUGAGAAUCACUCACAUAGUGAACGCAGCCCACGGUCCGUACCACAUAAACACGGGUGCGCGGUACUACAGGGACAUGCACCUAGACUACUACGGCGUGGAGGCCGAUGACUCCGCAGACUUCGACCUCAGCCUCUUCUUCCACCCCGUCGCAAAAUUCAUACGGGCUGCGCUGUCCCAGAGAGGGAAGGUGUUAGUCCACUGCGCGAUGGGGGUCAGUCGCUCGGCAACCCUGGUGCUGGCCUUCCUCAUGAUCUGCGAGAACCUCACGCUGGUGGAGGCCAUCAACGCGGUGCGGCAGCACAGGGACAUCUGCCCCAACGCGGGCUUCCUCAGCCAGCUCAGGCGUCUGGAACGAACCUUAGCUUGGGACAGGAAGAACAAGAUGGGGGCCUACAGACUGUAAAGGGGAUCUACAAGUAGCACCACUGAAACCGCGUACGCCAAGGCAGUCAAACCAGGCGGUCUGAUGGUCCUGACAGCCUUGUUUUAUAUAUAUUUAGCUGCAGUAUAUACCUCAAUGCUUUUCCCCAAAUUAGAGAAAGCAGUAGGGAGGCAGCAGAUGUAUAGGGAAUUCUGAACCCGUUGAUGUAUUGGUGGUGGGUGAGGUGAGUUCCCACUCACCACUGUAAAGCACUUUGAGCGUUCGGAAAAGUGUUAUAUA